UGUCACUCUUGCGGGUCACGAGCAUUAUUUUUUCUGGGUGCAGAAUAAGAACAACAGCAGCAAAAAACAAAAAUUUCCAUACUCUUGUAAACCAUUUAAUCUGAUUUUAACAAAUUAUUGUAGAAUUUAUAACGUAGAUAAGUGUAUUUUGUAAGGCCUUAAGUUGUUGGCCGCAAAGAGAAAUAAUCGAAUUGAAUAACUGAAACCGUUUCAAUGCUUGGCAAAUUUGGAGAAUCUGAUGAAAGUAACCGCAAUCGGAAUAAUCCGGUGGUUAUGUCGAUGAUGUCACCACCCCCAAUCUAUACCACCACAGUCUCCUCUUUGACGGCAUCACGAAGAUUGAAUGAACAGACGGGAUCGUCUGCCAGCCCGGCCGUGAUCAAUAUUGUUACAAGUUCCCCAGCGGAUGCGACAGCUGUUGUUAUUGCCUCCACUGGUGCCCCAGCCAGUGGCGAGUCUACUGUGAAACAGCUGGCUCCGCAGUAUCAGUGCCAGACUUGCUCCAAGUGCUUCACUAACGUGGCCACUUUAUCGGCGCACCUGAAUACUCAUGAAAAUCCCAACCAGAUACAAUACGCUAAUGCAGGAGGGGAUGCAUACAAUGGUCACGUUAAAACAGAACCGCAACCGUACCAGUUGUUGCCAUCGACAACAACGACGACAUACGGCGGUGGGGAGGUUCAUGGUUUCCAACUCACCGACGAUCAGACGUGUCAAAUCUGUCAGAAGGUAUUUAGUUCGAGGGAACAGUAUCUGGGCCAUAUGAAGAUUCACGAAAGCGAAUUCCGGAACCGGGCGCUGUAUCAGACAAGUGGCAGCAGCCAGCAGCACCAAGCACAGGUGACCGCAGUUGUGCAACAACAAAUGCUGGUGAAAGAUCCGGAACCACCGGAAGAAGUGGAGGGGAAACCGAUCGAUUGCAUCGUGUGCCAUAUGAAGUUCCAAAAUCCUAAAUUACUGGCGGUGCAUCUAAGGGAACACAGUUCAGAGAAACCCUAUCGAUGCACCGUUUGCGGAAAGGGCUUCAUCCAGUCCAACAACUUGACCACCCAUUUCAAGGUCCAUUCAGGACAAAAGCCAUACAAGUGUGAUAUCUGUGGAAAAUAUUUCAGCCAAUCAAACAAUCUGAAGACCCACAUGAGGACCCACACGAAUGAGCGGCCCUACGCUUGCGCCAUUUGUGAGAAGCGAUUCAACCAGAAGAACAAUUUGACGACUCACAUGCGCACCCAUUCUCUGGUUUGCAAGGUCUGCCAAACGUCAUUCCAGAAUUCAACGGAACUGACAAACCACGUACGGGUUUGCUAUGCCGAUCAGAAGCCGAAUAUCUGUUCCUUCUGCAACAAAGUUUUCAUGAACCAUGAGGAAAUGAGCGACCACCUGAAGCAGCAUAACCAGGUCAAACCUCACAAAUGCCAGAUAUGUCAGAAAACAUUCACCCAAUCGAAUAACCUCAAGACACAUAUGAAGACGCACAUCUUCCAGGAUCCUUUCAAAUGUUCCUUCUGCUCACGUUCGUUUCCUAACCAAGAGGAAUUCAAUCGCCAUUCGUUGGUGCAUUCGUCUCCCAAGCCGUUCAAUUGUCCAUACUGCGGAAAACAGUUUAUCCAGUCGAACAAUCUGAAGACCCAUGUUAGGACCCACACUGGGGAGAAACCAUACAAGUGUUACAUAUGCGAUCGACUGUUCAACCAGAAGAACAAUCUGAACACCCACAUGCGCAUCCACCAAGGUCUCAAGCCGUAUCAGUGUACGAUUUGUGAGAAACGCUUCAACCAGAGCAACAAUCUGAACAAGCACAUUUACAAGGUCCACUGUCACGAGAAGAUGAGCCCAGUGGUGGGAACUACUGCUUCACUGGCCAGUGGUCCUAUGGAUGCAUCAACAGUUGUUCCGGCUGCGGCCACCGUUUCAGGUCUGGACGGCCUUGCAACGGCAGGUACAAGCAGUUGAUUGGGAUAAGCAGCCAAAAGUAUCGCAACUUGCAUGGUGAAUCUCCGAAGGAACGAACGGUAAAUGUUAUGGCCCCAAUAUUUUAGUUUGUAGUUCUAAUCGUAUGACAUACAUUUAUGAUUAUAGUCCUGUAUGUGUUAUGGGUAAUAAUUA